AUCAUCAUCAUGUGAUAACGAGUUAUUAAACACAGCGUAUUGUUCACCAGCCGACAUAUUUACGUUUAUGGAGUAGCGUUGUUACACGUACUGUGUGCACGCACAUUAUUAAUAUCAGCGGAGAAUCUGUAACACCGCCAACACUGAGAGUGACUCGACCAGAAGCAGCACCGUGUGCCAACAAGCGGACGGGUCCAAAAUGGAGUAACGCUGAACACGGCGCAGUGUGGACUCUCUGAAUGUAACUCAGCAUUCAAACACAAAGUGCUCGGUCGCAGGUGAACGUUGCAGACGUGUAGAGGACGCGGGAAGUCGCUGCUGUUGUUUCUUCUGUCGAGCUAGCUGCGCUAAACAUCGAGGAUGGAGCCAUCCGAGCAGUCAGGCCCAGACUCCGGCUCUCAGGACGUCAACCCUGUGUUCCUGCAGCAGCUCAGGGAGCUGGACAUCCCAGAGGAGGCGGCCAAACAGGCACUUUUGCACACUCGGAACGUGUCUGCAGAGGAGGCGGCCAUGUACUACUUCAACAAGCUGGAGAAUGAGGAGGAGGGAGACGAUGACCUCAUGUUCAAGAUGGUGUUUGUGGUCAACAUGGACCUUGCUAUGGGUGUUGGAAAGGUGGCAGCCCAGGUUGGCCACGCUGCUGUGGGUUUGUACCAGGCUCUGCAGGAGAAGAACAGCUGGAGAGAGAUGGCCUGGAAGUGGGACCACGGCGGAGCCAAGAAGGUGGUGGUCCAAGGCACUAACGUGGCUCAUCUACUGGAGCUGCAGGCCCUGGCCAUGAGCCUCAGCCUGCCCACUUACCUGGUCCAGGAUGCAGGGCUCACCCAGGUGGAGGCUGGGUCCCGCACUGUCCUGGCCAUCAUGGGUGAGGAGGAGAUGGUGAACAAUGUCACUGGGAGUCUGAAGCUGCUCUGAGGGGCUCAAACCCACUGUCCGGGAGGCAUGGCUCUGCAGUGCCACAGUGCAACCAGCAGAGGGCAGCAUUUCCCAGUGGCAGGGAGAGUCUUGGCAUGCAAGAGUGUACCAAUCUUUAAAAAAGACCUAAAGAACAGGGGGAACGUCCCAACACCAGAAAACAAACACUCUCAGCCAUUUGUUUCCCUUUCAUUCUUUGUCGCCGCUUGGUCGGCCGUUGAGAGCAGGAGGGGAGAGAGACCGGUUCUUCACAGGAGAACAAGAUGAAGGCAGUCUUUUUCUGGUGACCUUUCUCUUUUUUAAACGGGCCACCUACUUAGGAGUCUUAUUAGAAUCUUAAUCAGUUUUCAAACACAUCUAGUUUGUUGUCCAGUUUUCAGAUAUGGCAGAGUCAAAUUAAGUUUUUAUUUUCUUUUGUUUUUUGUGGUUGACCAAUAUUGUAACUGCUUAUUCAAGGGGCUGUGUACUGUAGCCUAUGACAUAAUGUAAUUAAUGACACCCACAGCAGAUGUGCUAUUUCCCUGUUGGAUCCACUACUCCUGAAUGAAGGGUAACUUAUUACCUGAUAAUAUGUGAGCACUCAUUUUUGACAUAUAAAUAAGUUUGUGUCUGUAUGCAAAUAUCCUCCCAAAGAUCCCUCUCCUUUAGACUUAAUAGCAUUACUUAUUAUUGAUAAAUGGCUAUAUUUUGUAUACAUAUGCCUGUUAGGGCCAUAUACUGUAUAAUCUGUGGUGUGCCAUCCUUAACAGUAUGCACAGUUACUGGACUUUAUUGUAUUGUAUUUUUUUCUUUAUGCAAAAGGUGGAAAAUGAGUUCCAGUUUUUGGAUUUGUUGCUAGACUUUGAUGGUGGAUGAGAAGUUCUGUGGAGCCAAAAUGUCAUGUAGUGAAGGUCUGUAACUACGCACACUGACUGCCUGUUAUUGAGUUUACAGUGAUGAAGUUCCAGCUUGGACAGAGAUGAUCAUGUGUACGACAGUUGUAUUUGGGACUUGGAGGAUAGUCUUGCACACUAAUAAUCUUAAUACACAGAAUGAUGUGUGAGCUGUUGUGUGUUUUUUCUCACUAACAAAUAUCUGUGGCCAUGGGCUGCCCCUCCCACAAUUCUUAGCUUCAUGUCAAAGAUUUUAUUUGUAACAGAAAUCUUAAAAAAAAAAAAAAAAAAAAAAAGGCGGUGUCAUGCAUGCAAUAUGAAAUGUAUAUUUGAACAGACCACUGGAAUCCCAAAGGUGUGUCAAUUUUAGUAACAUGUCCACACUUUGAUACCUCCUGUGUUAUACAGUCAUUUGUGUGAGUGCUUCAAGACUACGGAGACGAUUAAAAUGGCUCCAGAUUAAAUAACAA